AUUUAUACAAUUCAACAUAUAUAGGCAGUACUUGGCAGUGUGCGACAACCUGACGAUACAUCCAAUACCCUCCCUAUCUACCGAUUCUACCCACCUACGCCCUGCGACACUUAUCUACCUACCCACAUAAACCAAAUCGCAACUACCGUAAUCGACUUCGUAUUCUCUCUACCUAGUACUUAGAGACCUCUCAGACAUUCGAGUCAUAUUAAGACUUUGAUACUCGAGGUGUCACAAAGGCCAUAAUAUAUAUUACCGCAAUACCCAGACUUACGAGCGUCGAAUAUCUGUCACGUCCAUAACCUAUACGCCCACAGCACAACAAAACAGAACACAACACAGUACACAAGCGCGUUACUACCGUAGCCAUGAAGGUGAUCUCGAAAGAAGAGGAGAAGGCGCACUAUAGCCAAGUCCUCCGGGGCGGCCUCAUCGGUGGUUCCUUAGGUCUCGGUCUGGGUUUAGGAAGUGUGCUCCUCGGAUCGCGGCGGUACCCCGCCUUCCGGUCCCUCACCGUACCCUUCCGAGCCUUCCUGGUAACGUCAACGGGGACGUUCGGCGCCAUCAUAAACGCGGAGCGGUACUCGAACGAGUUCCACCGACGGAAUAACCCGAUGAACUUCUACGUCGACGACGCCCAGCGCACACAGGAGCUCAUCCGACAACAGGAGACCCCCUGGGACCGCUUCACCACCUGGGGGCGCGAGAACCGCUACUCCAUCGUCUUCGUCUCCUGGGUCGCCGCCAUGGCCGUCUCGCUAGGCAUCGUCGGCCGCAACCGCUACCUAUCCAGCAGCCAGAAGCUCGUCCAGGCCCGUGUCUACGCCCAGGGUCUAACCUUGGCCGUCCUCAUCGCUAGCGCCGUCUUCGAGACCGCCGACGCGAGCUCCGGGACGGGCCGCUGGGAGACCAUCAAGGUCAUCGACCCCGACGACCCCGAGCACAAGCACCUCAUCGAAAUGCGCGUCCACAAGGAGGAGUAUGAGGGCCAGGACCUGUGGAAGGAUAUGGUGGCCGCCGAGGAGAAGCGGUUAGCCGGGCUCAAGAAAAACGGCGGCUCGUAAUAGACGCGUUUUCUGAUACCCCAUACAUUGCCACUCACACCUACGUUCUACAGAAGUGCUUACGCAGGUAGUUCUCGACAGAGAAGGAAAAAAAGGAUACCAAGACGAAUGAGAGCAGGUCGGGCUGCUAGGCCGUACAGACAGAUAGACCGAGAGUAGCUGGAGUUUUCCUUUCCUUUUUGGGAGAGGUGGGCAUUUUUUCUGCAUAACAAGGUCACGAAUGUGUUGGAUGCGGC